GAAGUGUCAGAUUUAAUCAGCUUUGUUUUGUAAACCACUCAUUCUUACAAUUAUUGAAAUACUUGUUUGUUUUUUGUGUACAGCAGGGAACUCGAAAUAUGAUUGUAAUUAUAUUUAGUGUAGAAGCAGCAACAAAGAAAUGACUGUGCGCGGCAUAGAAGCCAUUAAUUUGUACAUGCCGACGUCGAAGGCAGAUAUAACAGCAGCCAUAAAAACAGACAUACGUGAAGAAAGGGGGCGGACCAUUGAACCUGUUGUUGUUGCUGUUGGCAACGGCGACGCAAUGACGUCUGUGGAACGAUAUAGGCAGGAAUGGAUACAGCUGCUGGACAAUUUGGAUGAGGACCCAGAAUCGCUGCGUCUUGCCGCCUUCAAUGGUCAGCUAAAAAUGUCCAAGUUCCGGAGCAUCCAUUGGGCCUUGUUGUUGCGUGUUUUGAAUGUUGAUCAUCGCAGCUGGCAUAUCCAGCGGACACAGCAGCGAAGCAGAUACGACAAGUUCCGCUUGGACUAUGUGCGCAAUCCUCAUGAGCUUGCUGCAUCCGACGAUGAUGAUCCAUUGUCGCAGUCUACGCAAAGUGUUUGGAAUCAAUACUUCAGUGAUCAGGAGCUAUUUGGGGUCAUACGUCAAGAUGUGGUUCGCACGUUUCCGGGUGUCGAAUUCUUUCGCAAGGCAUUGAUCCAGAAUGCCAUGACCAAUAUAUUGUUCUACUAUGCACGGGAGCAUCCUUAUAUGUGCUAUCGUCAGGGCAUGCACGAGAUACUGGCGCCCAUUAUCUUUGUUCUGUAUAGCGAUCAUCAGUCGCUGCUGCACUUUAGUGAAAUUGCCAAGACGGACAUAAACGAGACUCUGCUGAAUGUCCUGGACACAUCAUAUCUGGAAGCGGACACCUACUCUAUUUUCUCCCGUCUCAUGGCAUCGGUGGAGUCCUAUUAUCGCGUUUCAACUUUAGUGUCCACAGCUGGUGGAUACAUAGAAACGCACACAUCGCAUGAGGCCUCGAGCGCUGACAAUGAGCCGCAAUCGGAGGUUGAGGUUAUCAGUCAACUGAAUUUCAUUCGUGAUAAAAUUCUUGCCAAGCAGGAUCAACAUUUGCACCAUUAUCUGCUCAAAAUGGAAAUUCCAUUGCAUAUAUUUGGCAUCCGCUGGCUUCGCCUGCUCUUUGGGCGUGAAUUCAUGCUUCUGGAUCUGCUGAUGCUCUGGGAUGCUAUCUUUGCGGACAGCGAUCGCUUUGACCUGCCCAACUACAUCUUGGUGGCCAUGCUCGUGCAUAUUCGAGAAAAGCUACUUUUGAGUGACUACACGACAUCGUUGACUUAUCUCAUGCGUUACCCGAGUGAUGCGGACGUCAAUUUGGUGCUGCGACAUGCUCUACAUAUGCUGAAUCCCAAACAAUUUGAAUACCCAACGAAUGCCUUCAAUUGUGUGUCAUUCACAAAUCAUUUAACCACACAGACACACACACAACAUCCACCCGCAUCUGAGUCACAACCGGCUAAUCAUCGUGUGCGCACCAGCUCCGAAACAUCAACAAUCGGCAGUGGCAUUCAAAUCGACCGCCAGAUCACCUACAUGCAAGCAAGGAAUGCAGCUGACUCCUCUGCACUGGCCAAGCUCUCAGAUGUCCAUCGCGUGGCCAUGGAUGGUUACUUGGAAGACAGUCCUGAGCUAUUACGUUUGGAGCUGAAGAACGCGCAGACUGUCAUCAAAAUCGCGCGUGGCAAACUGGUUAACUAUUUAAGCACUGUUCGGCAACACAUGGGAAAACAGCCUAACGAAGAACUAAAUCGAACUUUGGAUGGCAUAGAGGAGCUUUGUAGUUUUCUGGAUGUAAAGUUUGUCUUUCCUUUGCAUGCCCGUUCCGCACCAAUCGAUCAGGCACAUGAGGCCAACGAGCGGAAACAGCUGAACAGUGCCAAGAUGAGCACAACAAUGACAGCAAGCCCGCCAAUUCCAAUUGUGCCAAGUCACUCCACAUUGCCAUUGUCCGUUCCCGCUGCCAGUGGCUAUGAAGUGCCUGAGAAUGCCUUUAUGCACAACUCGACGCGUCGUCUUCUUGGCGAUAGGCGGGAAAUUGAAUUGUCGACCAUCACUAGCGACGAAAGGCCAGAAUCAAUGGUGCUGCUAAAUGGUUUGCCGGCGGCCGAGCCGCAACAGCGACCACAAUGAAACAUUGCUAUUAAUGGUGACUAACAACACGUAUCCGUAUCGACUGAAUAAGUUAAUUUUAAAUUUAAUAAUAAAGAGAACAAUGUCAAAAAGUGAA